AUGAAAUUAGGGACUCGUUUAGUAAGGUACGUGAUGGUUCUUCAAAGACGGAUGCCGGCGGGAGUGACCGGUAAAAAGCUGGUUAGCAUUCGGAAGGGACUCCCUCCCAGGAGGACUGUGUACAAAAAAAGGGCAGCCCCAACAAGAGGGCCCUAAGUUGUUGGUCACCAUUCGGGCCAUUACAGAGGCAAGAAAGACAGGAUUUGGGAUCCCCACCCGAGGUACAAGUUCAAAGGAUUCGGCCGAACGUUCUACCUCGACCUUAAACAUGCACCCCCAGUUGCUGUGCCUGGAAUUAAGGUGGUCCACGUCUGGGACAACAUGACACGCGUCGAAGAACCUCCUGUGAACGCCCAGGGGUGCAUGUACACUGGGAAGGUGGUGGGCGAUGCCGACUCCAUCGUGUCCCUCAGCCUCUGCCACGGUCUGCUUCAUCAGCUGCUGGUUCAGCUCGUGAGCGGUUGCCUCAUCACGUACGACUCCGAAAGCUAUCGUGACGUGAUGUGA